AUGGGUGGGUCAGUGAGAGUUAUCUUUCUUUCAGUGCUUGUGUUUCUAAGCGUUGAAAUCAUUCAAUCCACUUAUGAUGGAGAAGUGAAGGGAGUUUGCAUAGAAAGAGAGAGGCAAGCCCUUCUCGACUUCAAACGAGGCCUUGUAGAUCCAAAGAAUUGGCUCUCUUCAUGGGUGGGCCAUGAUUGUUGCAGAUGGAAUGGAGUUGGUUGCAACAACAAGACUGGCCAUGUUAUCAAACUCAACCUCCGUAACCUCCUUGGAGACCCAACCAAUGACUUUUUUACUGGCAAUUGUUACUCAUCAGGUGAGCUAAAUCCUUCUUUGCUUGAGUUAAGACAUCUGACUUACUUGGACCUCAGUCUUAAUAGUUUUCGUUCCAAACAGAUCCCAAAAUUCAUCGGUUCAUUCAAGAAACUGAGAUAUCUUAACCUCUCUAGAGCUGAUUUUUAUGGAACAAUUCCACAUGAGCUCGGUAAUCUCUCUAGCUUGGUUUAUCUUGAUCUCAGUACUGCCGGAUCAUAUUCCGGACUAAAUGUUAGCAACCUUCUUUGGCUAUCUCGUCUUUCUUCUUUACAACACCUUCACAUGGAUAACGUAAACCUUGAAGAAGUACCUGACUGGCUACGAGUUGUUAAUAUGCUUCCAUCUCUUUUGGAGCUACACCUGUCUGGUUGUGGUCUAGCUAACAUCACUACUCCUCUCCCGUAUCUUAAUCUUACAUCGCUCUCAGUCCUUGAUCUUUCAAGUAAUUACCAACUUGGUCCCAGAAUACCCGAUUGGCUGUUCAAUUUGAGUGGUCUAGUGCAUCUUGACAUCUCCGCUAUCCAUUUGGUCCAAGGACCAAUUCCAGGUUCUUUGAGCAAUCUCUGCCAAUUGCAAAGUUUAGGUUUGUCAUUGAAUGAACGAAGCGGAGAGAUGAAUGGAUUUAUAGAAAGUCCAUCCGGAUGCCUUGGGGAUAGUUUGGAGAUCCUUGAUCUUAGUGUAAACUCUCUGUAUGGCCCGAUUCCGGAACCAGGAUUUCCAUCCCUGAGAGAGUUGUAUCUGGACAGGAACAGCUUGAAUGGGACUUUACCCGUGAACUUUGGGCGACUUUCAAAACUAACUAAUCUGGUGAUAUCUUAUAAUUCGUUAGUGGGUAGUGUGUCUGAAGCUCACUUUUCCAAUCUAACGAAAUUAGAAUCACUAGACCUGUCUUCAAAUUCCUUUGUUCUGGACGUUAGCUCCGACUGGGUUCCUCCUUUUCAACUCAAAGAGAUCAGAAUGAGAUCUUGUCGACUGGGGCCCCAUUUUCCUGCAUGGCUUCACAAGCAAAGAAAUUUUUUCGUGCUCGACCUCUCCAAUGCGCAAAUUUCAGAUUCCAUACCAGAUUGGUUUUGGAACUUGUCUUCUUCAGUCACCUACCUGAAUCUUUCUGACAACCAAAUCAAAGGCGAGAUUCCAAAGUUACUGCAAUUCAGUCGUUGGGCGACUUAUUCCAGCACAAUUGAUUUAAGUUCCAACAAAAUUGAGGGUCCGUUGCCACACUCGUUUCUUAAUGCCUGGAUUUGGAUUUUGGAUCUCUCCAACAAUUUACUUUCUGGACCCAUCCCCAUAACUUUUGGCGAAAUAUCUCCUGAUUUCUUAUCACUUUCUCAUAAUCGUUUAAAUGGCAGCAUUCCCACAUCGUUAUGUAAAACGGAUGCCUUGGGAGCCCUGGAUCUCUCGUACAAUCAAUUAACGGGAGAACUUCCUCGAUGUUUGGGGGACUUGACUGGAUUAAGAAUCAUGGAUUUGGCAAGCAAUAAUCUCUCUGGAAAUAUUCCAGGAUGUUCUGGUUUUAUGACUAGUCUCGAAUGGUUGCACUUGCGCAAGAAUAAUUUUUCAGGGGACUUCCCUACAUCACUGAGAAACUGCACUUCUUUGAUCACUGUGGAUCUCAGUUGGAACAGAUUCUCUGGAAACAUACCAACAUGGAUAGGAGAAAGCUUGUCAUCUCUCCGGAUACUCAACCUUCGGUCAAAUACGUUUUCUGGAAUUAUUCCUCCACAGCUAUCCCAUCUUACUUCUCUUCAGAUCAUGGACCUCGCAGAUAAUAAUCUAUCUGGAACAAUACCAAGGUGUUUUGGUAAUUUCAGUGCCAUGGCUACAUCGAAGAAUAAAAGUAGACUUAUUUGGAAUGAUGUUUAUGCUGAUGAUGAUGAUCAGUUUGUAGUCUAUGAAGAGAAUAUAACAGUCGUUAUGAAAGGAAUGGUCCUCGAUUAUACUAAGACACUUUCCCUUGUGAUGGUUAUGGAUCUUUCAAGAAACAAUCUAUCUGGAGAGAUCCCUGAAGAGCUAUCAAGUCUUUCUGGAUUGGAAGGCUUGAACUUAUCUGGAAACCAUUUGAUAGGAAAGAUUCCGAAGAAUAUUGAUGGCUUGAGACAGUUACAGUCUCUUGAUUUAUCGCGGAAUCAGCUUUCGGGAAACAUUCCCCAAAGCUUGUCAGUGCUAUAUUUCUUAAGUAGCUUGGAUUUGUCCUAUAACCAACUUUCAGGGCAGAUUCCAUCGGGCACGCAGCUGCAGACAUUUAACGAUCCCUCCAUUUACAUUGGCAACCUCGAUCUUUGUGGCCCUCCACUUCCAAAAGAAUGCCCAAAAAACAAAGCAUCUCAGACUCCAAUGUCCAUGGGCAAUGGAGUUGAAGAAGAGGCGGAGGAGGGAGAAGGGUUUGAACAAGUAUGGUUUUUCACUAGCAUGGCACCAGGAUUUGUUGUGGGAUUUUGGGGAUUCUGUGGCGUUCUAAUCUUCAACAAGCCAUGGAGGAUUGCUUAUUAUCGAUUUUUCGAUAAAGUGAUGGAUAAGAUCUCCGUGGUGUGGGUAACAAAGGUGUCUUAA